UGCAAAGAAAACAACGAAAACAAAAAGUGCCUUCUGUUUAGUUGCGUUAGCCGAAAAACUACUGCAUCGUGUUAGUAAUUUGCAAGGUUACUAAAAGUUAGUUUGGAUAACCUUUGAAGCCCCUGUUCCUUGUCCGCGUGUGCCUUCAACAGACAGAUGAGAAUGGACCGGGGGACGUUGCAGGGUCCUGCAUGACAGGAUGUGAUUGACCACAGUUAACAGCCUUCCUCCUAGGCUAUUAUGUGACUAUGCACGAACUUCUUGCCCAAGUGCUAGAGAACAAGGACCUGUCACGUGCAGGUGACUUGUUCUCUGUGGAUGAUCAGAAGAUAGUAGGAGAUCUCUCCGAAGUUAUCACUAAGAUCAAGGAAAUCGCGAGUGCCUCUGAUUUUUUGCAUAGCGACAACAUUCAGAGUGUGGUGGAGAUAUGCAUAACAAGGGUGACAUCAGCUAUCAGGGAUACGGGCACAAUAGAGCAGCAUGCGCUCGCCCUAGUUUCCCUUUUAGAGUCCUGUCUGAACCACGACUUGCGGCCAUCUCAAAAAGACGAAGAUCCUCCUCAUACAAAAAUUGCGUCUGACAUCGUCAGCUGCAUCUUUCUGAAUCACAACAAAAAAUCCGUUAUGAAACUUGCCCUCCCUGUGGCCAUCAAGUUUCUCCACCGGGGCAACAAGGAGCUUAGCCAUAAUCUGUCGCGUUACUUGUCACUGGCUGCCAUCAACAAUGCAGAGCUCCUUUCACCGCAUGUACAGCCCAUUGUAGAUAGUGUCAUAAGCGGAAACUACGCUCUUGCUCGCGUGCUUCCAUCAAUCUACGUGGUGAAGAAAGAUCCCAUUCAUGAUCAUCUGAUGGCUCUCAUCUCUCUCCUUCCUCUUUGUGAAAGCGCGGAUAAGCUUAGCCUUCUAGCGCUCUUCGAACUUGUUGCCAAGCACAAGCCCUCCCUGUUGGAGAGCAACCUUCCUCAAUUAAGCACAUGUCUGGGAAGUGCCACGACAGCAGGCUCUGUGUUGCGAAUCUUCCAAGAGAUGGCAUCGGCUAAGCCGUUACUCUUCGCCGAAUACCUGAAGAAAAUGAAAGCCGUAGCUCAAGCUCAGCCCACCCACCUGGUUGCCGUUGCACACAUAAUGGGUAUCGUCGGGCGUCUCAGUCUGGAAAGGGGCCGCGAGUGCAUGGAGUUUCAGGUAUCCCAGCUGGCUAAAGCGGACCACAACACGGCAGUGACGCUGCUUCGAGAGAUCAAACAUAUUUCCGACGCAUUCCCCAUGCUCCUCCCGCGGUUCCUACACCAGAUCUGCACCCAAGUCACCGAACCUGCCGCAUCAUCUACUAUUCGUUACUACCUCCAACAACUGAAAGCCGAUGCUGCCGUCGCUACCUCACACAGGUCCCAGGUCAUAAACCAAACGACGGGUGGAGUGACAAUAGUUAAAGUUGGUGGCAGCCGACAGGACUUGCCAACCGCUAGUCGCGCGGGCAGUCGAACGAGCGUCUCGGCCAGAUCGGCAGGUUUGGGUUCCCACGAGGGCGCAGCACGAUCUGCGGGGCACUUAGGCUCGGCUCAGCAGCUGAUUCACCGUAGUAUGACUAGGCUUCCUUCCGUGAAUCAGAUGCAAGGUCACAUGCAGAGCAGCAGCCGACUGAGUUCACCCUGCGGGUUACACAACAGCAUGUCAUCCAAGUUGAGCUCGAGCUCCCCAGUCAACAGAAGCCUUUCUGCUCUCAAUAGCCGGCACAACCUGAGCCUCUUGGGUAAUCAUGCUGGUGGCAGCAGAGUGUCCAGCUGUGGUGUAACGGUCACAACAUCAGCUCAUAAGAGCAUCAGCAUCCCAACACUUACAGAAGAGGUCAUGACCGGCCGUCCCAUAAUGACCGUGUCCAUCACGAGCAGCAUUCCUCGACCCAUUCCGGAGCUCCUCCUCGAGCCAUCGAUCCAGGAGGACGUUGAACCCUCCAACCCCUCCCCCCUGCCUCCAGCAUCUGUAGCCAUUCCAACCCCUUCGUAUUCUUCUUCUUCCGCCACUCCUCCUCCGUACGUUGACAUAGGUUCUCGGCUUCAAAGUCCCCACGAUGGGUCUCUCAGUUCCAACAAUCAAGGGAGCAACGGAGGUGCCACUACGGACGCUGCUGCAAGUUCAGCGGCGGAGGAAGAAAAUGUGGUUGUGGUCACGAGGAAGGUCCGACCGUCGUCGCAGAGGAUUUCUGUGUUCGAGCCAUAUCCGAUGCGGGAUGCUGUUCAACAUUUUUGCGAGAAGCACCUAGACAAGAUCAAGGCAUACAUGCAGGUUGUCUUUGUGAAGUUGCCUCUACCGUCGAAGUGCACAAUCGAAGAAAGAAAAUCGAGAAAGCACGCCAUCCUGCAGUUUGCUUGCCAGGGCAAGGGAGAACAUUGUCUCUACAGCAAGACCCUCUUUGUUAUGAAAACGAGGAAUCCAAGACUGUGGAUCCAUCUGAUGUUCCUCGCGUUGCAGGCACGUGCUUCAAAUGCAUUGAGCACUCGAGAGUCGUCAGUGAGCAGUCUUAAAAACUGCUGGGACAUCCUCAAGUACGACAACAAGUCAUUCCUGGCAUUAGUAACAUCGUCAUUUCCAUCUGCAAAGGACCAGGACCACCUCAUAGGAGAACUACGGUGCGAGAGGUUCUUCGACGUCUUUGAAUAUAACGGCCCGCUAACCCUCUGGGGUUGCUUCCUGUGCAAUCAUCCUGAUAGGGCUCAAGGGUUUCUACAAGAGGGAGGCGAACCUGUCAUUGAGGGUCAGUUAAAAGAGAAAAAGAAGAAAUGGAAACUGUUCAGACACUGGAGAACACGAUACUUCACGCUGUCGGGUGCACACCUUUCAUAUCGUGGCUUGAAGGACGACAAGGAGGCGCAGCCAAUCGAGGUAAGCCAAAUUAGGAGUGUGCGUCCAAUCAGCAGCCGUGGCCGAAACAUUCCCAAGGCGUUUGAAAUCUUCACGUCAGAUAGGACUUUUGUUCUCAAAGCAAAAGACAGCAAAAACACUGAACAGUGGGUUCAGUGUUUGUCGAUUGCCCUUGCUCGCUCCCAUGCCAAGGAAAGUGUUCACUGACACACAAAAUGUGUUCCAGCUGGGGACCUGAGCGAUCUACUAUGCAUUUCCUGAUAUCAUUGUAUUGUCUGUGCCAUUUAAAGCUCCGUAGGGACGAGGGACCGUUCAUCUUUAGGUACAGUGGAACCCCAGUGAUAUGACCUCGGAUUAUAUAUGGUUCCUCAAAUGAUGUGAUGUUCUUGCUGGCAGCAUCAGAUUCCUCGUAAUGGUGAGGUGAGGUGAGGUGAGGUCUCCUUGGAUGCCACGCUUUGCAAAACUAUGCUUUCUGCUGUGCUGUACAAAUGGAACUUUUUCCAUGUCGUGUGUCUUGCACUGUACAGGGGCUCUAGCCACUGUGUGAUGGCGUUGUGGGUGCUUCAGCCAGGUGUGGGGGUGUUCACUCCCCUCCUCCUCCCCAAAAUCUCCUUUAGUAGUGCAUUUGGGAAAGGGAGACGAGGGGGAAUCCUCCUCCCCAUGUGAAGUCCCCAUUGAACCCGUCCUGAAAUACGUAUGUGGCUACGCCACUGCCUGCAUGGGCUGGACCUGCUAUGAAGAGUACCCCUAGCUUGUCAUAGGAACUGUUUUCCUAUAUUUGCUUUAAGUACAACUGUUGAUAGCCCAAAACUGGAUGCAGGAUUUUUAUUUUUUACAUUCCCAGAAAAAUUGUAUCACUGGGGUUUCAUCGUAUUUUUUGCCAGCAAGUACCAUUCCGCGUGUCAAAGUGGGUCUACCAGUUCUGGACUUGUUCAGCUACAAACAGCAUCAUCACACACUUGUCCAGCAUCAUGUCCAGCAUGAUGAUGUUUGUUGCCCUCUGACAGGUACUAUAUGCAAAUGUCCUUUAGUAACUAAUUGUUACUGACAUGGAACAGUUUUGCAGAAAGGACCACUAAUUUUUCUGUUGUGCAAACAAUGAAAUAACACUCUCUGGGCAUUCAUUGUGAACACAAUGGCUCUUCCAGAUUUGUUUCGAUAUUCCCACAAACAGUGUUAACGAAUCUGCUAGAGUGUCACACAUUUGCAGCUCCAAAAACAUAUAUUGCACUAUAAAACACAUAGCUCUCUAUGUUAACUGUCAGUAGGGCAUGAUUCUCAAGACCUUUGUGGAGCAGAGACCACCACCAUCAUCACCACCAUCAUCAUCAUUCUCAUGUCAUCUGGUUGUAACUUGUGGAUACCCCACAAGCAUUAUACCAACCCAGCUUCUAUUCUAGCGCAGUGGCAUUGUGUAUGUGUCCGCAAGAGUACUUGCUGAGCCUUUGCAAGUUUUUCGUUCUAUCUGUACCUCAUUUUUAAUCAGAGUGUAAUUUAUUAGAUAAGUUAUUAUAUAUGCAUAAUAUAGUGCGAAAAAUUUUGGUUAAGGUAAACUAAACCCCGGAAUGCUAGCUACGAUUCUUUAAGACCAGUGAAUGAGAAUGAAUGAUGGAAUGUCAGUGGCACUUGCUAGUCUUUCAAAAGCAUUGUGCCUUUAUUUUGAAGCUUGUCUACGUAUCGCACAGAUAUUGAGGUGGAGUCCUAUGCUUACUACCACGACAAGCUGUACGGCAUUUGUUGGUUUGUCUUUCUGGAAGAAAAUUUAGUACGUGUCCUCCACGUAGCACUCGUUAAUUCUGCAAACCUCGUUACGAGACGGUUCUGCACGACACCUUGUACAUUACAGAGUAUAUUUAUGCUUGUACGUUCCACUGUAAUGCAAACCUCAACGGAGCCAAUAGAAAAUGACAGGUUUGCCAUACAAACAUAGUGUACAUAAGAUAUGUUGGCUUAUGAACAUCAGGGUGUGAGCCGAAAAUCUGUUUAGUGCACACAUAGUAUUUAUUUCUUUAUCAUGCAUCAUAGUCUCAUAUAUAGCAAUAAUAUUAAAGGUGAAGGAAGGUGAAGAGUUGGUGCCUUUAUAGGUCUCGUAUGGUGGUGCAGUUGUACACCUGGCCAUUUUCUCUGUGGUGGAAGCUGCAUGUUUAUAUAAUGGUCAUAAAGAACCGCAAUUCAAUAGAAGCUAUUUCCUUGCAGGCGUCUAAUAUUAAAAGUCUCUCUCUAACUUGGGGACUACCCAUGCCACUCCUCCUAUCGUGGAAUAAAACGGAUCGAACAUACGUU